AUGUUACAAACAAGGUUUGUUAAAUUUGCUGCUACUCAACCUGCUUUGACAAGUUUAAGUCAAAGAUGUUUGUUGUCUACUUCUAGGAUUGCGCUACAGAGUGGUGAGAAAUCAGAAAAGAAGUCUAAAAAUGAACAAUUGGAUAUCAAUGUUAGACAUAUUGGUGUUGCCAGUGAUAUCUACAUCCCUCCAACUUGGAGAAGAAUGCCAAAUAUGAUUUUGCAUCCAAUAUCUUUCUUCAAUGUAUUGAUUAGAAAGAUAUACACUUUGGGUUUCAAUACAGUACAGAUUGCUGUCUUUAGAAAUCAAUCAGGUAUAAAGCCAAAAUUUUUACUUUGGAAAAAUAAUGCAAUUGAAACUUAUGUAAAUAUUAAUAAAGCAUUUGCUGAAAGAAAAAUUGAAAAAGUCAGUUCUCAAUUGUCUAUCUGGGCAGAAGAUGCAUUGAAGAAGAGACAGAAUAAAAUCCCAAAGAACAUUAAAUUAGAUUGGAAAUUGUUGAAGUUUAAUGAAGUCCCUAAAUUGGUUUCUUUACAGCCUUUAAUUUUACCAGGCCAACCUUUAGAACACAUUCAAUUGGUUUAUAGAUUUAACACUAAACAACGUUUAUUAAAGCUUGAUAAAGAUUCAAAAGAUGUUGAAAAGGUAGAUAGAGAUGUAACCGAUUUUGUUGUGUUUUUAUGUGACGCUUCAACUAAUGAGGUCUUAUUAAUCGGAUCUGUGUUUGAAAGUAAGCCAGAUGCAAAAUUACCAAAAAAUUAUGACAGUGACAAUAAAUCUGCUGUUGCAAGAAUGAGAGAAUGUGGUGAUAUCUACAGAUCACAAAUUCCUUAA